AUCCUUUCGUAAGACUACACCAAAACCAGCAGCACGCCGACACGCCGCCGCGCCGCGCCGCCAUUCUCCCAUCCGCCCCCGUGCCCCCGCCGCCCUUCCCUAACCUCGCCGCGGAAGACGUCGCGCCGUGCGUAGCUAGCAGUUCCCCGUCGCACGCGCGUCGGAUAAGAAUUGGUUUUGGCUCUUCGUCUCCCCCCAUCCUUGGGUCCUUCCCCUCCCACUCCCUCUUCGCCUCGUCCGCGGCAGUAGGCUCAAGCUUAGGAACUCGCUACCGAGGUGUGCACCCCCAACUCCGAGUUCCAAUCUCCUUGAUUUUUUAUUAGCAAAAUUAGCUCGAGUUGCUUUCGCAGGAUCAUAAAUUUCUCUAGGGAUUUGGCAUAUCCGCGAGUGAGCAGAAUUAGUUGGAGGCUUCGUGAUGGCGGGCGCGAAGGCGGAUGUAGACGCAGAAACAGGAGAUGGCAGCGGGGUCGGCAGUGGCGGCGGCGGCCUCUUUAGCGAGCAGAUGCUGAUUGAUAAGCUCAACAGGCUCAACAACUCAGCCACUAGCAUUGAGACACUUUCACAAUGGUGCAUUUUUCACCGCAAGAGGGCCAAAAGGGUUGUAGAUACAUGGGAAAAACAGUUUACUAGUUCAAGGGAGGAGAAGAAAAUACCAUUCCUCUAUCUAUCAAAUGAUAUCCUGCAAAACAGUAAACGCAAGGGGGCAGACUAUGUGGAUGAGUUCUGGAGGGUUCUACCUAGAUCCCUGAAGCAUGUUUAUGAAAAUGGGGGAGAGGAAGGGAGGAAGCAGGUGGCGAGAUUGAUAUUAAUCUGGGACCAACGUAAAGUUUUUGGGACUCGUAUUGGAAGUAUGAAAAAUAGCAUUCUUGGUGACAACCCUCCUAUAUUGGAUAACAAUGUGAAUAGUUUAAAUCCUAGCUCUAAUCCCACUUCAAAUUCCAAAGCUGCACGGAAGGAUUCUGGUACAGUAGUAAAAAAACUCACUGUUGGCGGGAUGCCUGAAAAGAUUGUGUCUGCAUACCAAUCAGUGUUUGAUCAACAUUUUGAUGAAGACACAGCUCUAAACAAAUGUAAGAGUACUGUGGGCCUUUUGGAGAGAAUAAAUAAAGAUAUUAACGAUGCUAGCAUCAACGGUAAUCAGCCAGCAUCAUCAUUGAUCUCUGACCUUCAAGAGCAGGAAAUGACCUUAAAACAGUGCAUCGAACAACUUGAAAGUGCAGGUAGGGUGAGGAUAUCCCUGAUCAAUCAAUUGAAAGAAGCUCUCAGCGAACAGGAGUCGAAGUCAAUAAUUCUCCGUGAUCAAUUGCAACAGGUCGCUCGAGCAGAGGCUGAACAUGCCAUUCAACUUAGACAACAACUGGGUCGUGUUCUUGUCACGAACGAUACACAAUCUACUUCUAGUCCGCUCAUGAUUACUCCACCAGAUCAAACAGCAGCUAUGAUGCACGGUUCGGGAGUAAGAUCGACACCUCCCCAUUCACAACCACUGAACCCUGCAGUGUCACUUCCCCCUACAGUCAGUGCAGUGGGUGAUGAGUCCAAGAGAACGGCAGCAGCUAUGGCAGAUAAGCUUGCAUCUUUGUCAGCUCCUGUGCAGGUGCUGACCUCCAUUCUCUCAUCUUUUGCCGCUGAGCAAGCUGCUUCCAUAAACGGCGGAUCACCUUCUGGAGAACUCUCUGGAGUACCACCAGGUUUCCAUAUUGAUAAGAGGCCUAGGCUGGAGAAAACAGGGCAGGCCGAGGCGGGCGCUCCUCCCUUUUUUGGGCAAGCGUCACAGGUGCAACAACAGGUUGGAGCAGUGCCUACUUCUUUUGGAGGCACACAUCCACCAACUCCAGGCCCAUUCCCACCCCCUCCACCGCCAUUGCCACCUCUAUUGCCACCGCUCAUGCAACAGUUUGGUCAAAAUACUGGAGGAAUGAUGGGAAUGCGAGGACCUUUCGGGAUGAUGGCUGGCUCUAUGCCACCUCCGCCUCCAUUGUCCAACAUUCUGCCGGCAGGUUUUCCGGGACUAAGUGGACCACCUCCUCCACCUCCACUUCCACCAGCUCAGAGCCAGCCCCAGCAGCAGCAGACCUCUCAGGCGCCACAGCAAUCACCAACAUCAGCUGGAUUCUUUCAAUCAUCAGGCAUGGGGUUCUUUCCUCCUGUGCAGGUGCAGCAAUCUCAGCCUGCCCAACGACAGUGAUUCAACUGUGUCUAUUUGCACUCAUGGGCUUAAAGGCAGCACCUUGCAUUAACUUUGUGCAUUAAACAAUAUCUCACCGAGUAUUGAGCCUAAACGUUGGCUGGUCCUGCAAGCGAGGCACGGCCAAUGACGACGGAUUAGAAAGAUUGUAGAAUAGGCAUGCACGUUGUAGAACUAUCCCCUUUUUUGUCCGAGUAGUUUUAACUCUUCCUGGUUAUGUGAAGUUGCUAGACUUCGUUUGUUUUUGAUCCAGUCUGCAUUGAUCACCCGAAGCAAAAGAAAACGACUUUGGAAAACUGGGGCUGAAAUUGGGACUUCGCCAACUGACAGGACAGUUUUAUGGCUGAAACAGUUGUAGAACUUACUGGUCUUAGUCUCAUAGAUAUGAUGUGAACUGCAUAUUUGGCAUGCUGUUUAAAUCUGUGGAUUAUUAUUAUCAUCAUACCACCUUUUCUGGGUUUGAAACU